CAUCAUCGCCCCUUCAUCCUGCCUUUCCAUCUCUUCGCUCUGCGAUAUCAACCUAAAAUCAAUCUCAUGUCAUUCACCUUGACACGCGCCUUGCCUAGAACUAUCACCAAUACACUCCGACUUCGAGCUACCGCUACAACCGUACGAACCAUGUCUUCCAACCCUUCCAAUACCAGCAACCCUGCCGUGGCUACCAACCCGGAUAUCAAGAACAACCCUGAUAUCUCCAACAACCCCAUGAAGUCCGAGACCGAGGGUCGUGGACCUCAGUUCGGGUUGGCGGAGAGGCAGCCUACUGAUGAGGAGAAGAAGGUCAUGGAGGACGUUCUCAACCUCUACCAAUUGAACCCCGUCUCUCAGGCUUACCAGCAUUACGACCAGAAAGCGGUCUUCUCCGACCCUAUCGGUAUCGCUCAGAACCUCGAGGAGAUCAAGGCUCAGUUCAACGCUAUGCCUAAGAUCUUCUCGGCCUCUUACACUCGAGCUCUGAAAUUCCUGGAUAACCCCGAGAUCAAAGCUCCUUCGUUCCAGGUCUCGCAGUCGCAAGAGUAUCACUUGAAAGUGGCUGGGAUCGUCAAGACUACCGAUAGUCAGAUCACCUUUAUCCGUGAUCCUGCUACUAACCUGAUCCUCCGACACGAAGAGGAGUGGCGUGGAGAGAAGAACCAAGUUUCCGACGAUGGCUUCAUCGGCAAGUUGCACGAGAUGAGGAAGAAGUUUACGGCGCAGACCGUCAAUGCGUUUGUCGAUUCGACCCCUUACGACCAGCAGUCGGACAAGCCUCAGAGCAAGCAGUAGAUCGGGGUCGACUUGGGGGAGCCUCAAGAGGCUCUGUAGGUCUCGAUACUGUGUUUGUUGUCGUCGUUCCGUGUGUAGAAAGCCUUUCGUUUGUAUCAAACAGAAGUAACCAAAUAUGAAGUAAGAAUGCAGAAGCAGUGAUCGGAACGUGAG